AUGAUUAUAUGUUUAGAUCUAAGCACAAGCUGUAAAGAACGCAAAGACGAUGCUGCUAAAAAAGGCGUAGAAGUGGAUUGCGAAACCUGGAAAUUCGGGAGGGCGGAGCAAUUUAGGGUACUCGAAAGCACCAAGAUGAUAUAUGAGAACCAAAAGGAAAGUAGUAUGGACUGUGUGAAGGCCUAUGGUGUGCUCUGUGUUAUGUUGGAUAAGCUUAGAGGCUCAAAUCCCGCUGGGCACCUUGAUUUACGUUCUAACGUCUCACUCGUGGGAUCCCCGUCGGCAAUUACACCCGGUUCACAAAUUCCGGCCACAGAUUUGAAAUCAAAUUCUGCUCUGUCUCAAGGUACCCCGUGUACUGCCUCUGCAGGUACACCGGCAACACAAACAUUUACAGCCACCCCAUCAUCGACAAGCUCGGAAAGUGUUGAUUCGCCAAAUGAUCCAUUAAAGAGCGAACAAGCAGCUGCGAUGACAUUAGGAAUGAUGAGUGGCGGUGGAAUGACGCCUGGUUCCGCAGCGGCCGGGAUGAUGCUCGAUAGGGCGGUAACUCCUGGGGGUACUAAUAUUCUUAUGGGGGAUGCUAGUAAUGGUGGCUAUGGAAGCCUCGGCUCAAAUGGAAACCAAAUGCCUUUUAACGGGAACUCUGCAAUAUGGACGCCGAAUGGUCCGGAUAUGACAGCUAAUCUAGACUGGGAUGAUUGGGAUUCUUUCAUGCAAGGUAUAAACAUGGACACUAGCCAAUCUUCUGCAUGGCCAGUUCUAGCAGGGCUCUCAACAAACAUGCCCAUGACGACCUAUGGCUACCCAAGUCCUAGUAGUGGUGUAACAGGUACACAUGGUGAUGAUGGAGGUGGUGGAGGGGGAGGACAGUCACAGCAAUCGUCGGCAUCUGACACAACAUCGCCGAAUACGAUACCUAGUAUGGCCGGGCUAUAUCAACCACUCUGA